UACUUUCCCAGCGAGACUCGAUGGUGAUUUAAAAGUAAAACCCGAGCGGUUCGGACGACUCCCGCCAUGUCCGAACCGCGGCAGCCCAAAUGCUCCCGGUGCCGGCACCACGGCUUCAUCAUCCGGAAGAAGGGCCACAGCCGGUGCUGCCCGUUCUCCGGCUGCCAGUGCUGGAAGUGCGGCCUGAUCACCCGGCGGACCCAGGUCAACGCGCUGCAGCGGAACCUGAGCAGAACCCGAGACCGGAACCCGACGAACAACCCGAGGAACAACCCGAGGAACAACCCGAGGGCCGCGGGAGACCCCCCUGCUGCUGCCGCCGCCGGGACGCGGGACCCGGACGGUCUGGGUCCAGAUGUCCGGAACCAGCGGCCGGACCCGCGAGGAGAGCCCGGUUCCGGUUCCGGUCCGGAGGGCAGAGACGUACCGACCUGUCUUCUUCCUCUUCCUCCUCUUCCUCAGCUCCUGUCGUCCCGCUGCUCCUUGGCUCCGCCCCCUGACCUCCUGCUCCACCUGCCCCUCCUCCCUACGCUCCCUCCCGGUCUCUAUGACGACCUCUGCAGGCCUCUGAUGAUCCCGCACUUCCUGUCAUACCCCGCCCCGCCAGCAGAGGACUGCAGACUGGUCUUCCUCCCGCUCCACCCUGCUGUUGAAGCGCCCCCUGCUGGCUGCGGGUCCAACAGCAGAGCCUGACGGAUCGACGGCUUCCGUCCGUCACUUCCUGUUCCUGUUCCAGUUCAAAGCUUCUUGUUGUGGCUGUUUGGUUCAAAGGGGGUUGAACUGAAAGUUUGUUACCUGAAAUAAAAUGCAGAGCUGUGGCUCAUGACCACGAUCCGCUCCGUUUGGUUCUCAGCUGCAGGUUUCUGGGUCACAGAACCGAACCUGGGCCGGAGCCGCUGUUAUUCCUGCUGGCAGUUACAUGUUACUGCAUAGAACCAUGUCCUGGUUCUGGAUGGUUCUGAUCAGCAGUCAGAACCUCUGAGGCCUCUUUUAGAUCCUGUGAGGAGGAAAAAAGAAUCUGAAGAUUUUUAGUUUUAAUGAUUCGAUGCAUAAAUGACGUCAAACUUUAUGAAUCAGACGGACAAAGUUCUGACAUCUGACCCGGUUCCCUGGUGUUUCAUAGGUCCGUCCAGCAGGGGGUGCAGUAGCACAGUGUUCCAUGCAGUCUGCACUUCCCAACUGGACCCAGCGGUUCUGCAGAACCUCUGAUUCCGGCCGGGUCCAUCAGAGAACAUCUAGCAUGUAUUUCUGUGUUUUUAUGUA